CAAACACCGAAGCUGUCAGACACGUCAAGCAUCCCGUGAGCGAGCAGCUUGGGGUCAGUCCAUAGACUGUAUAUAUAAAGGGUCAGACAGACGGGCGCACCAGGGCAUCAUCUGUACUCGCAGUACCUCUUUUAGGACUGACACGGGAACACACGCAGUGAAACACGGGGCGUCCUUUCCUGCUUGCACACUCUUUUGGUCAGAUAAUUUAAGAAGAGGUAAGCUUAGCUGUGGUCAGAGUUGUUUGUAGCCUCAAGUGCUGGGAAGUCAACUCUCCUUUUUAAACACGUUCUCUUCCUACUGAUUAGAGAUGGACUUCAUUCUGCCACCCUCUCUGCCAGAUGGUGGUAUCCCAUGGGAGAAGGUUUUACCACCUCUUAUUCCUCGGCUGAAUGGGAUUUAUGGAAAUUAUCAAUGGUCUCCAAAAUUACUGAUUCCAGAGAGUGAUAAAACCAGCUCUGCAGAGGUGAACUGUGACAACAACGGUUUUAGAGUUCAAGUUGAUGUCAAGCUCUUCAACCCAGAGGACCUCCUGGUCAAAGUGACAGGAGACUUUGUGGAAGUGCAAGGAAAGCAUGAAGAAAAGAAGGAUGGUGCAGGAGUUUCAACACGGCAGUUCAACCGUCGCUACCGAAUCCCAAAGGGAGUGGACACCAUGGCUUUGGAGUCAGCGGUCUCUCCAGAAGGCAUCCUUAUUAUUUCUGCACCGAUGCUGCAAACAGAGGACUCCGGCAUACCGACAUAAUGCCUUAUAAUACCAAACACUAACAUUUCUGCCGUCUUCACCAUGUAUGAAAAUAAGUGCGACAUAAGCCUUUAAGAAAACACACUCAUACAGAAAUAACUUGAGGGCUCCUUCAGUCACAGCAACACUCAUGCAUGCACGUGCCAAAACGCCCAUGUGUUGUUCCUGGUGCUGUUCUAAUAUUCCCUGCUCUCUUAGGUUUGUAUAUACCGCUCUGCUAUUACUCAUCAAUCUUACACGAUGUUUAAAAGAACCAGUCUUUGUAAAUAUUCUGCGUUCAUAGUUCAAUGUGCGCAACUUUUGUAAAGAAGAUCCCUGUAUUGUUAUUGUUAUUAAUGAUGCACACAAAAACAUCUCCAAAAUCUUUAAUGUGGAAAUAUGUUUUCAAAAAUAAAUUGUAUUUCUUUAUAAAAUAAAAAAGGCAUACAUGU